CACUUGUCAAUACAUUAUUUCACCAUAAAAUAUCUCUAAAUUUCUAAUUGUAAAAAUUAUAAAAAGUUACUCCCUCCGUCCCUAAAAUAUUGCACCAUUGCAAUUUUCUUGGUCAAACUUUGACUAGUAAUUCUCAUUAGCCUAUAAAAAAAUAAUAUAGUAAUGCGUGGAUAUUUACAUUUUAAAUUGUGUCUUGGAUACCGUGAAAGUCAAACGGGACAAUCUUUUAGAGACGGAGGAAGUUUUAUGAAAAUUAUGUAUUGUGACUAAUCCAACAACAUUUUACAUAAUAACAUUUGAUUAUUAUAUAUUUGUGAAAAAAUUAAGUCAAACUUAGUAUAUGAAUAGUGACAAAGUCAAAGUGAUGCAAUUAAAAAAACGGAGGCAGUAUAACCACGGAAGUUUUAACAUGACUAUUGGAGCAUUAAGAUAAAUACAAACGUUUCAUAAAAUGAAGGCAGUAAAUAUGAAAUUACAUUUAAUAAAGUAGUAAAUACAAAAACCAGAAAUUGGUAAAUAUGAAAAAAAAAAUCUUAAGAUAAAUACCCACUCCACUCAACCACCAAAUUUUAUAGGAUCUCAUUCAAGGACUACAGGACCUCUACAGUUGUCAUGAAAAAACAAUAAAAAGUCGUAUAUGUAAAAGGUGAGAUUUGAUCUUGCUUACAUUAGUAAUCAAUCAUUGCAUUGGUCUUCUUCAAUUCGAUCACUCACUUUUCUGCAUAUAUUUUAUUGCCUACAAGUCAUAGUAGUAGGAGCAUUGUCUUCUGUUAAACCCUACCUAUAUAUAAGGCAGCCUCUUAGACUCUAAUAUUCAUCAAACAAUUCUUUAAUUUCUCUCUUGAACUUAACAAGUUCCUCUCGUACGAACAAAGCUCCCGUCUUUACACCAAAUAUUCAGUCUUAAAACAUAAUAAUAUUAAGCCAUGGCUAUUAUUGAGCUUGAGCAGCCAUCUGUUGUUGAGCUAUCAAGUAUUGCAGUUUCUGAUACUCAUGGAGAAGAUUCUCCGUAUUUCGCAGGCUGGAAAGCGUAUGAUGAAGACCCUUAUGAAGAAACAUCGAAUCCUACUGGUGUUAUACAGAUGGGACUUGCUGAGAAUCAAGUUUCUUUUGAUAUCCUUGAAGAGUACUUGGAACAGCACUCAGAAGCAAGUAACUGGGGGAAAACAACAAAAAGUGCUGGAUUUCGGGAAAACGCUUUGUUUCAAGACUACCACGGUCUUCCGUCUUUCCGGAAGGCAAUGGCUAGUUUCAUGGAACAAAUACGAGGCGGGAAAGCCAAGUUUGAUUACAACAGAAUUGUCCUCACUGCAGGAGCUACUGCGGCCAACGAGCUUUUAACCUUCAUUAUCGCCAAUCCCGGAGAUGCGUUAUUGGUCCCAACCCCUUACUACCCAGGAUUUGAUAGAGACUUGAGGUGGAGGACUGGUGUCAACAUUGUACCGAUUCACUGCGACAGUUCGAACAACUUUCAGGUGACUCCUGAAGCAUUAGAAGAUGCUUACAGAAGAGCAGAAGCCAUGAAAAUGAGAGUAAGAGGAGUUCUGAUCACGAACCCAUCGAAUCCACUAGGUGUUACUAUUGAACGAAAAGUCCUUGAACAAAUUUUAGACUUCGUUUCACGUAAAAACAUACAUCUCGUAUCCGACGAGAUCUACUCAGGUUCGGUUUUCUCUCCAGAUGACUUCACCAGCAUUGCUGAAGUUCUUGAAUCCCGAAACUUCAGAGACUCUGAACGAGUUCAUAUUGUUUACAGUCUUUCCAAAGAUCUUGGACUACCCGGUUUCAGAGUCGGGACAUUGUAUUCUUACAACGAUAAGGUUGUCACAACGGCCCGAAGAAUGUCUAGUUUCACCUUGGUUUCUUCUCAAACUCAGCAUCUGUUAGCUUCCAUGUUGUCAGACGUAAAGUUCACCGCGAAUUACAUCAAAACAAACCGGGAAAGGCUGAGAAGGCGGUAUGACAUGAUCAUUUACGGGUUAAGGAAAGCCGGGAUUGAGUGUUCGAAAGGUAAUGCAGGGUUGUUUUGUUGGAUGAACUUGAGCCCGUUUCUCAAAAGCCCGACCCGGGAAUGUGAGUUAGCUCUAUGGAACUCCAUUGUUAAUGAGGUGAAGCUUAACAUUUCUCCUGGUUCAUCAUGUCAUUGUUCUGAACCUGGUUGGUUCAGAGUUUGUUUUGCUAAUAUGAGUGAACAUACACUAGAUAUUGCAUUGAAGAGGUUAAACACUUUCAUGGAAGAAAGGAAUUUUAAGGAAUAACACCAAAACCAAACACACCUCUUUUUUUUCCCUUUUUUUUCUUCCUUUUUUGACAUAUAGAUAUGAUUCUUUUAAGGUGAUAUCACCUAAAAUAGCAUCUGUUAUGCUCCCGGUACCCUCUCAUAUUUUCAUACUCACAUGUCUUGUCUGGCCGGACAUGAGCAUAUGAGCUUUUUUUUAUUUAAGAGGGUGUAUGUUAUUUCCGGGUUCAUAUAAGAAAUUUCAAAUAUCUAAAAGGUCGAACUGUCUCGAAAUACUGUAAAAAAAAUUGUUUAAGGUAUAUAAAAUUGUACUCAAUUCUUUUGUAAUAAUAAAUAGGAAAUUUUGUGCAA